CACAGUGAGUCAUGUGUUUAACUCCCAGCUGUCAGUGUGACAGGAACAAUUCAGUCUGUUUUUUAUUUUUAUUUUUAUAAAAUUGGAGUUGUAAAAGUGGAGUUUUGUGUGAAAGUGAAGCAAGAAGAACAGUCGCUGCUCAAACCGUUGUUGUGUGGGAGCCGAAAGAAAGAGUCGACUCUUACCGCAGCACGAGCGCAGUGAAGCUCGUGUUCAGCUCCGUUAACACAUGAUGAUGAACACCGAGAACCGGGAGCUGGUUUACCUCCUGACAGGAGGAUGUGGAUUUCUGGGGCAGCAUCUGAUGAAGGUUCUGCUGGAGAAAGAGGACAAGGUGAAGGAGAUCCGGCUGUUCGAUAAACACAUUGACUCCAGUCUGGAGGACUGCAGCACAGGAACAGAAAAUGUGAUUAAGGUGUGUCAGGAGCUCGGGAUCCAGAACCUGCUCUACACCAGCAGCAUGGAGGUGAUCGGACCCAAUGUGAAGGGAGACGUUUUCAUCAGAGGAGAUGAGGACACGCCGUAUAACGUGUGUCAUGACAUGCCAUAUCCCAGGAGUAAAGCCCAGGCAGAGAAACUGGUUCUGGAAGCCAAUGGCACCAAGGUAGCCGGCGGUGCAACACUCUACACGUGUGCUCUGCGUCCCACAGGGAUUUACGGCGAAAACCACCAGCUGAUGAAGGAGUUCUACAUGAAUGGGGUUCGCAACGGCGGCUGGCUCAUUAACGGAGUUCCACAAAACACCGAGCACGGGCGUGUGUACGCAGGAAACGUGGCCUGGAUGCACGUGUUAGCAGCGCGGGCUUUACGUGAGCGUCCCGAGCGACUCGGAGGUGAAGUGUACUUCUGCUAUGAUGAUUCUCCCUACAAGAGUUACGAGGAUUUCAACAUGCAGUUCCUGUCUGUGUUUAACUUCCGUUCUCUGCGCGUCCCUCUCUGGGCACUCUGGAUGUUGGCCUGCUUCAACGAGCUGCUGCACUGGUUGCUGAAGCCCAUCUGCAACUUCACACCCAUGCUGAACCGCUACACGGUAGCCAUCGCCUGCACCUCCUUCACCGUGAGCUCAGACAAGGCGCUGCGCCACUUUGAUUAUCGCCCGCUCUACGACUGGCCGCAGUGCCUCGCACGCACACAGGAGUGGGUCAACACGUUCCCCUUGGACACCGGCUGCAAGGACGCGUGACCACCGACAGCAUCCGGAGACACCAGGAGACAGGGUUAUUAUCAUCAUCAUCAUCAUCAUCAUCAACAUCAUUCUAUACACACACACCAACAGCAUCCGGAGACAUCAGUAGACAGGGUUAUCACAAUGUAAACAGUGUAAUGAGAGUUUAUAAUAGAAUUAUAACCAAAUUAUUCAUCAAUCUGAUUCUGAUUAUCGGUGCAGGUUUCUCGCUCUAACCAGCAGGAUCAGUGACUGAUGCUGUCAUACUCCACGGUCUACACCUUAGCACUGUUAGCUUUAGGUUUGGUAAUGUAGGUGAGAAGGGAAGUGAGAAAAAGGACAUGCAGGAAGAAGAGGUGGAUUAGGAUUGGAGUUUCAGGCUCUGGAUUCUGAUUGGUCAGAAGAUGAUGAUCGUUGUGAACCUGAUGAUGGAGUGGAUGAUGGAGGUGUUCUCCUAAACACCUACAGCUGAAGGAGGAAAGAAACUCAGCCAGGCAACAAAGAAGCUAUUUUCUCUAGAUUAUUAACAUUUAAUCAUGAAUAUUUAAUUAUAAAUAUUUAAUUAUGCAUAUUUACUAAAUACAUCAGUUUAAUAAAAUAUUUAUUACCCUCGUUAUCUGUAAUUAAAACAGUCUAAUUAUAUUAAUAUUUAUUAUUAUAUGUAAAAAUACGGUGAAUGUAAUAAAAGUGCAACAAACGA